AUGUCGUAUGGACAAGAUAAAAGAUCGUAUGGACAAGCUAAAAUGUCGUAUGGACAAGAUAAAAUGUCGUACGGACAAGAUAAAAUGUCGUAUGGACAAGAUAAAAGAUCGUACGGACAAGAUAAAAUGUCGUACGGACAAGAUAAAAUGUCGUACGGACAAGAUAAAAUGUCGUACGGACAAGAUAAAAUGUCGUACGGACAAGAUAAAAUGUCGUACGGACAAGAUAAAAUGUCGUAUGGACAAGAUAAAAUGUCGUACGAUCAAGACAAGAUGUCGUACGGACAAGACAAAAUGUCGUACGGACAAAAUAAAAUGUCGUACGGACAAGAUAAAAUGUCGUACGGACAAGAUAAAAUGUCGUACGGACAAGAUAAAAUGUCGUAUGGACAAGAUAAAAUGUCGUACGGUCAAGAUAAAAUGUCAUACGAUCAGGAUAAAAUGUCGUACGGAGAUAAAAUGUCGUAUGGACAAGAUAAAAUGUCGUACGGACAAGAUAAAAUGUCGGAUGGACAAGAUAAAAUGUCGUACGAUCAAGAUAAGACUUCGUACGGACAAGACAAAAUGUCGGACGGACAAAAUAAAAUGUCGUACGGACAAGACAAAAUGUCGUACGGACAAGAUAAAAUGUCGUACGGACAAGAUAAAAUGUCGUAUGAACAAGAUAAAAUGUCGUGUGGACAAGAUAAAAUGUCGUACGGACAAGAUAAAAUGUCGUACGGUCAAGUUAAAAUGUCGUAUGGACAAGCUAAAAUGUCGUAUGGACAAGACAAAAUGUCGUAUGGACAAGAUAAAAGAUCGUAUGGACAAGCUAAAAUGUCGUAUGGACAAGAUAAAAUGUCGCACGAUCAAGACAAAAUGUCGUACGAUCAAGAUGAAAUGUCGUAUGGACAAGAUAAAAUGUCGUAUGGACAAGAUAAAAUGUCGUAUGGACAAGAUAAAAUGUGA